UUGUUUCCUUUUCUAUAUCAUUAUCUUCUACCUGCAUCCUGUUUCUGUUCCUUUAUUUUUCAAUGACAACCAUUCUUAAAUCAAACCUGCCUUGCUUUGAUUAUGCAGUCCAAGUCCCUGUCACCACCCUCAGUAAACCCAGAAAGAAAUGGCACUCCCUUUUCCUCACCAUAUAUUGUUCCAGAAAGUUUUCAUCUCUUGUCGUCAAGCCCCCGACACUCAAACACGAAACCGAUGUCGUUUAUCGAUCACCGUCUUAUGUUUCACUCGCUGUCAUGCCGGAAAACAGUCCUUUCCCAAUUGAUCAAACGACUCUCGUUGAACUAGUGAAAGAGAAGAAGCUCCAGAGAUUGCAGAAACAUGGUGGGGUUAACGGUGUGGCUUCUGAUCUCGGAACCGACACUCAGUUCGGUAUCUCCGGUAGCAGCGAGGAUGUCGUUUCUCGACGUGAAGCAUUCGGUUCCAAUAUGUACAAGAAACCACCGAUGAAGGGCUUUUUCCAUUUUGUGAUUGAAGCAUUUAAAGACCUUACUAUAAUGAUUCUUUUAGGAUGUGCUGCUCUUUCACUUGGGUUUGGAAUCAAAGAACAUGGCCUCAAAGAAGGUUGGUAUGAUGGUGGAAGCAUCUUCGUUGCUGUGUUUCUUGUUAUUGCUGUUUCAGCAAUAAGUAACUAUAGGCAAAAUCGGCAGUUCGAUAAGUUGUCGAAAGUCAGCAACAAUAUUCAGAUUGAUGUUGUGAGAGAAGGUCGACGUCAACAGAUUUCAAUAUUUGAUAUCGUUGUUGGAGACAUUGUGUGCCUGAAGAUCGGAGAUCAGGUUCCGGCUGAUGGCUUGUUCUUAGAUGGCCAUUCACUGCAAGUAGAUGAAUCAAGCAUGACAGGGGAAAGUGACCACGUUGAAGUAAAUGGAAGCCGAAAUCCGUUCUUAUUGUCAGGUACCAAGGUGGCUGAUGGAUAUGCUCGGAUGCUUGUUACAUCGGUUGGCAUGAACACAACAUGGGGCCAAAUGAUGUGCCAGAUCAGCCGUGACACCGAUGAAGAAACACCUUUACAAGCACGUUUAAACAAGCUCACCUCAUCGAUCGGUAAAGCUGGCUUAGCGGUUGCUUUCCUGGUUCUUGUGGUUUUGUUGGUUCGUUACUUCACAGGAAACACAACAGAUGAGAAAGGAAAUCGGGAGUUCAAUGGAAGCAAGACGAAGACUGAUGAUAUUAUCAAUGCUGUUGUGGGAAUUGUGGCUGCCGCCGUUACUAUUGUCGUUGUUGCGAUUCCUGAAGGAUUGCCAUUGGCUGUCACACUGACUCUGGCUUAUUCGAUGAAGAGAAUGAUGGCCGAUCAAGCAAUGGUGAGAAAGCUCUCUGCCUGUGAGACAAUGGGAUCUGCCACCACAAUAUGUACCGACAAGACAGGCACUCUUACACUCAAUCAAAUGAAAGUUACAAAGUUUUGGCUUGGUCAAGAAUCUAUGAAAGAGGAGGGUGCUUCUUCAGUUUCUCCAUUUGUUGUUGAUUUGAUCCAUCAAGGAGUUGCUUUGAACACUACUGGCAGCGUUUAUAGAGCUUCAACAGGAGCAGAAUUUGAAUUCUCUGGUAGUCCUACAGAAAAGGCAAUCCUUUCUUGGGCUGUCAUGGAAAUGAGGAUGGAUAUGGAGAAGAUGAAGAAGAGUUGUGCUAUACUUCAUGUUGAAGCCUUCAAUUCUCAGAAAAAACGAAGUGGGGUUUUGAUUGGGAUGAAUGAUGAUGACACUGUCCAUGUUCAUUGGAAAGGAGCUGCUGAGAUGAUUCUAGCAAUGUGCUCAACCUACUAUGACGCCUCUGGAGUUGUCAAAGAUCUCAGUGAAGACGAAAGGACGAAAUUCGAGAAAAUUAUUCAAGGCAUGGCAGCCAGCAGCCUCAGGUGCAUUGCUUUUGCCCAUAAACAAGUUCCGGAAGAAGAGCGCCGAAAUCUAGAAGUGCAGAAAAAGCUUAAAGAAGAUAGCUUGACCCUGUUAGGGCUGGUGGGUAUAAAGGAUCCAUGCAGACCUGGAGUGAAGAAAGCAGUGGAAGAUUGUCAAUAUGCAGGAGUAAACAUCAAAAUGAUCACUGGUGACAAUGUUUUCACUGCGAGAGCCAUAGCUACCGAAUGUGGGAUUCUCAAGCCCGGUGAGGACAUGUCUAGUGGCAUUGUGGUAGAAGGUGAGGAGUUUAGAAAUUAUACACCGGCAGAAAGGAUGGAGAAAGUUGAGAAAAUCCGAGUCAUGGCAAGAUCCUCUCCCUUUGAUAAACUUCUCAUGGUGCAAUGCUUGAAACAGAAAGGGCAUGUAGUUGCAGUCACCGGGGAUGGCACAAAUGAUGCACCAGCACUCAAGGAAGCAGAUAUAGGUCUAUCAAUGGGAAUUCAAGGCACUGAAGUGGCGAAAGAAAGUUCCGAUAUCGUCAUCUUGGAUGAUAAUUUCGCUUCGGUCGCCACAGUCUUGAGGUGGGGAAGAUGUGUUUAUACCAACAUCCAGAAGUUCAUUCAGUUCCAACUUACUGUAAAUGUUGCAGCACUAUGUAUCAACUUCGUAGCAGCCGUGUCAGCAGGUGAAGUCCCUCUAACAGCAGUCCAGUUAUUGUGGGUGAACUUAAUCAUGGACACAUUGGGUGCAUUGGCUCUUGCCACUGAGCGACCUACAAAGGAGUUGAUGGAGAAACCACCCGUCGGUCGAACCGAGCCACUCAUCACAAAUAUCAUGUGGAGGAACCUACUAGCUCAAGCCUUAUACCAGAUAGCUGUGCUUCUUACCUUACAAUUCAGCGGAGAAUCAAUCUUUGGGGUAACAGAGAAGGUAAACGACACAUUGAUUUUCAACACUUUCGUACUUUGCCAAGUCUUCAACGAAUUCAAUGCGAGGAAGCUCGAGAAGAAGAACGUAUUUGAAGGGAUACACAAGAAUAAGCUGUUUAUAGGAAUCAUUGGGAUAACCAUUGUUCUUCAAGUGGUGAUGGUAGAGUUUCUGAAACGAUUUGCAGAUACAGAGAGGUUGAAUUGGGGACAAUGGGGAGCAUGCAUAGCAAUGGCAGCAGUUUCUUGGCCUCUUGGUUGGGUUGUCAAAUGCUUACCUGUUCCAGAGAAACCCAUUUUCAGCUAUCUCAAAUGGAGGAAAUAGGACAAUCAUCAUAAUUCAGAAUU